AUAAAUUAAAUGAAUUUAAAUGAAAUUAACUAUCAUUUCUUCAUCUUCUUCUUUCUUCUCAUCCUCAUCCUUGCCAUUCUCUUUGCCAUCCUCUUCAUCCUCCUCUUUAUAAUCCCUCUUCAUCAUCCUUCUUCAUCAUCCCUCUUGCAACCCAGUUGUUGGGUUCCACGAGGAACCCAGCAACUUAGGGUUGAGAGUAGAGGCGACAGGUUUCCUCCUUAGGGUUUCUCUCCAGCAUAGGAGUUCCUUCUCCCCUCCUUUCUUCUUAUCCUCACCUUGCUCUUCGAUCUCUCCUUCACCUUUGUCAACUGUCUUGCUUUGGAAACUUCAGCCCAAGGGAUCACAAGGCAGCAACAUAUUCAGAUCUACAUCUAUGGUUAAUUUUUGGCACAUCUUCUCGGAUGGGUUCUUGGUGAAAGUUGAAUUCGGCAACGUUUGUUCAUACCAAUUUUAGAUUAAGUAGUUGAAUAUGAAAGGAAAAGGAUGUCAUGGGUGUCGGUGAUUACAGUCUGCGCGAGAAGUAUGAUAUUCAAACCAACAAAGGGGCUCUAGAUCCCUCAAUAGGGUGGCAACUUGUAGGUUGGGGACUAUUGUUGUCGAAAUCCCUGCUCUCCCCAUGAAGCUGGUUAAAUAGCCCUAUUUAGCUAUUACAGCGAUUGUAUUUGCAAUUUCUAGUUACAGAUGACUCUCUUUACUUAAUUAUCUAUAUUUAUCAUAAGUAUAGUUUAAAUUUAUUACUAGUACUGUAAGUUAUGCUUCUAAUUUUCUUGUUUAGCUACAAUGCCUUUUAAGUUAUAUGCCUGUGAUGGAGAUUGGUUCUGUAUUUCUUAUUAGUUAAUGUAAUUUUUUUUUAUAAAAAAAAGUAAAUUUU